AUGAACAACAGGUGGUGGCUUUGGCAUUCAGGGCUCUGGAAGGCCAAGGCACUGUUGCUGGAAGCCUGGGACGUGUAUUCGAAGCCUGUUCCAGCCAACUGUGGACAAUUGUUUACUCAGCUCCUGCUGAGUGCUCUCAUAGCUGGGGCUGCUGGUGGACUGGCCUACAACUGGUUGGCUGUCUCCCUAUCGUACCCGGAAGGAACCUCUGCAACAGGCGCUAUGGCUUGCGGCUUCUUGCUUUUCCUGGUCCUCAGUCUAGUCCACCCAGCCCGGUGUCUGCUUGCCAUCACUGCGCCCGCAUUAGGCACGAGGCAGGGCCGCCGCCUGCUUCUGUCAUCUGGCUUCUCUGAGCUGGUCACCCAUGUGGUACCCAACAUUCUGGCCAAUGUGGGUGCCACCACCCAGGUGCUGAGGUGUGUGGCCCAGGGCACGCUGGAGAGUCUGCUCAACUCCACCCAGCAGCUAGAGGCGACCACAGAAGCUUUGGACCAGGCAGCGGGGUGGGCAGGCGGCCGGAGACUGACCUUUGAGACCCCUGGCAACUGCUCUGCCCUGUAUCUCCAGAUGCUUGUGGCCACCCAGAGAGUCUACCGAGACGUCUCAGCCUUGGAGGCAGUGGUCCGUGGAUUGGCUCUGGGCACCAGCCGGGUAUUCGCUGGAAUUUUUGUCCUCUGCCUCCUGUCUGAGUCAGCGUGGUAUCUGAAGGGUUACCUGACAGACCUGCAGUUUGAUAACCUGUAUAACAGCAAACAAUUGGAGCGGCUGCUCAGAGGGAGCCAGGGCAGUCCCCCAGCAGCCUCUCUUCCAACUCUGGUCCUCCAGGUGCCUGGCCUGAGGCUGUCCCGGCCGGAAAUUUUCCACUGCCUCUUCCGCCUGGCACUUCUGGGUCUGCCCCUGGGAGCUAUGGCCGUGAUUGUGGCCACAGAUUACGUGGCCUUCCUUCUGGCACGCACGGCUGUAGACUGGGCGCAGAAGCUGCCCACGCUGCCCUUCCGUCUGAGCAUCAAGUAUGGUGCCAAGUACACAGUCUUUGCCUUCAUCUCUUUCAUUUUCAAUCAGCCUUCUGAAGGAACUACCUUGGACAUCUACCAAGAUACAUACAAGUGGGAGCUACACUUCACCUCUGCCAAUUGCCAAUUGCACCCAGCUCAUCCCCCACAAUGCACAGCAGCAUUGGCCGCUGGGACCCUCUUCCUCUUUGCUUCUGCCACGGUCUUCCUAGAGAUCUAUGCCCACCGGCUGGUCCACAGAGUGGCUGCCUCCUUCUUCCAGGCUCGGGAGGAGCAGAGGGCUCAAUACCUGUUUGCCCGGCUCCACCGAAGUCAUCAGAAGAGGAAGAUAGAACCCGUGUGUGGGUGAUCUUCCUCUUGCUCAAGUUCCUCAGUCCCCUAGUCUGGAUUAGGUCUAAGACCAUUUGGAUGAGUGUGGCAUGGAGGAUCAGGGGCUACCUUAGAAUGCUGUGGGAAUCUCAGAGACUCUAUACUGACUUCCCCUUUAGAACUUCUGAAGGAAGACAGAGACCCUUUUUUAGGUUGUUAAAAUUUCUCCUACAGGAAUGUCAGAACUGGAUGGACCUUAAAACAUAGCACUUAAUCAGCAAAGAAUUUAUAAGCACCUACUAUUUACCAGGGUCAGAGCUAGUCAACAAGGGUGCAAAGACAAAAAAUUAAGUAAUUCCUUUUCUCAAAGAAUUUGUUUUCUCAUCCAUACCUCUCAUUUUAUAGAGGAGGAAACUGAGGACCAGAGAAGAAAAGUUUAGAGCUUUAGGACUAGAAGAAACCUCAUCAGUCAUCUAGUUCAACCUUGACAUUUUAUAGAUAGAGAUCAGAGUUGAUAGAAAUUAAUGGAUUUGCCAAAGUCACCAAAGUGUUGCUGUCAUGAUUAGAAAUCAGAUGGAUACUCUGAUUCUGAAACCAUGGCUCUUUCCACCUGUAAACACAUAGUAGCAUAGAUAGCAGAGCUGGGUCUUGUGACUCCAAAACUAGAUUCUUCUCACUCUACCAUGUUGUCUUCCAAUUACCUAGUUUAGACCCCACUGUGAAUUCUCAAAGCUCUCUUGAUUCUAUUGAUGUUUUAUGAUAAAUGGCCUUGUUGCCAUUUAGCAGACAAUCAGGUUAAUGGUUUGAUAUUCUCUUCCAGCUCUUCUGGUUAGGUUUUUUUUUUUAACCCUUACCUUUUAUCUUAUAAUCAAUACUAAAUAUAGGCCCCAAGGCAGAAGAUCAGAAAGGGCUAGGCAGUGGGGGCUAAGAGACUUUCCCAGGAUCACACACCUAGGAAGUGUCUGAGGUCAUAUUUAAAUCCAGGUCUUCCUGACUUAAUUUCUAUCCACUGAGACACCUUGCUGCCCCUUCUGGUCAGUUUUGACCAAGGGUCCAA